AUGACGUCCACACCAGAGACAAACAGGGUCAGAAGACUAGAUCUUAUAUCAGAAUCACCGCUGAGUAACACAUCUUCACCGGAUCGUUCUUUUUGUCAGGUUAAAUAUAAGGAUUAUGAAAGCGCUAUAGAUGCUAUUCAACAAUUAGAAGCUGAAUUGAAUGAGUUUCAAACAUCAAGUUAUGAAUUAGAAAAGGAAUUGGAAAAAGAGUUGACGGCGCUAGAAUUGGAUAAUGAAGAGUUGAAGAUUAAGAAUGAAGAAAUACAAGAUCAGUUGAAUGAAAUUCAAAGAGAAAAAAUUGAUAAAGAAAAAGAAUUUAAUAAGAUAAGGACUGAAUUACAAAAUAAGAUUGUUAAAUUAGAGAAAGAUUUAGAAAUAAAGAAUUCAAAGAUUGUUGAUAUUGAAAUACUGAAUGAUAAUAUUGAACAAAAUGAAAGAAAUUUAAACCUUAGUUAUAAAGAAUUAGAAGAAAAUUAUAAUUCAUCAGUUGAAAAAAUCAUUUUAUUAGAACAAGAAAUUAAUGACUCUAAAAAUCAAUUAAUGAUGGAAAAACUAAAUCAUCAAAAUACAAAAAUUGAAUUAAAUGAAUUCAAGACUAAAUUUGAAGCUUUAGAAAGAAGAUCAACCACUAAAUCAAGAUCUUUAUCUAAUCCAAUAAAUCCAUCAUCGUCAACAUCAUCAACAACAUCAUCAAUACCAUUAUCUAAUAGUAAAAUGACAAAAUCAAAUUCAAUAAGACAAUUACAUUCAAUGAUUGAACAAUCCAAAGGAAUGGAAUCACGUAUUGGUAAUAUUAAAACUUCAUUAAAUACUAAAUCAUUAAAAUUACAUCGUGAACCAAAAUCUUCAACUACAACAAAAUUAACAAAUGCCACAAUAACAACAUCAACUCCAUCUUCAUCACAAGUCAAACCUAAGAGGAAAAUACCUCUUUCACCAUCUUCAUUCAAACUAAGCUCAUUUGCUGGCUCUUCAUUCAAUAAGAUGGAAAAAAUUGAAGGAUCACCUGCUAAACCUGCAAAAGAUUUUAACAAGAUAUUUGGUAAUGAAUUAAAACAAGAGAAAUAG